CAGCCACUGCCGCACACCCGAAAGCGCCGGUACGAUGCGGUAAAAUCCUAAGGCCCGCUGUAUUUGUAUUUGUGCUAUGUAGCGUCCGCCUUCAAACAUGCCGCCUAUACCGACAACGAUAGAUGGUGAAACACUCUCUCUAAUCGAGUCCAUCGAACGGCACCACAACGACCUUUCCAGUUUCCAGAUUCCUCGUCUGAGGGCGUGUACAGGUCCUUUGACCACGCAACAAGCAUGUGCUGCGGAGGUGAGGGAGGACAUCGAAGGUCUGGCAAGGCAAAUUGAAGAACUGGAUGUCCUGGUUGACGACCACAGGACCGAGCGGGCGAGGAGAGAGCUGAGGAGAAAGGUCGAAUUUUUUCGUGAUUCAUUAAUAAGUCUACGCAAGGACGCUCGAGCAGCAAUCCUAGCGUCGAAACAUGCGAUUGACUCCAAAAGUCGGUCGCAGCGAGAGGAAUUAUUGAGGUCCCCUGCCGUUCUGCCGAAAAGUACAAGCUCUUCGAGCGAAAAAAUAACCGACGACGUACUCAUGAAAGCCAAUCAUGAUGUCACAGAAGCGCUGCAACGAACCAUGGGACUCAUGCAGAAAGAGCUCGAGCGCAGUGUAUUAUCUUGUCAACUACUAGAGUCAUCCACCGCAACUAUCCAAUCCGUAUCCACAACGCACGACAAGCUCGAUCUCAUCCUGGGCACUUCCAAACAACUCAUUACCGCACUCGAAAAGACCGACUGGAUCGACCGCAUCCUUAUUAUCGCCGGCCUCGUGUUUUUCGGCCUCGUGGUCCUUUUCAUCCUGAAGCAGCGCAUCAUCGACCGCGGGCUACGUAUCGCCUUUUUCUGGACGAGAUUAUUACCAAGUUCUACCUCGAGUACGCACGCGGUGGUGCAGAAGGCUGGGGAGGUGGUAUCGACUCUAUCGGCCGCCACUACUGGUUUGAAUGCAAACCACGUAGUGGAGGAUGUCUCAUCUGGUAUUUGAAUAAAUAUAUGAGAUGUUGCCUUCAUCAUCGUACGAGCGGCGGUAUUAUGUGCGGUAAGAACACCUCUUUACCCUUGUUUUCUCCAUACCAAACCAUAUCAUGUGCAACUCAGACCUGGACUGGGUCUAUGCCAGACGAACAUCAUUCUCUCCGCGAUAUGGAAUAUCUUCUGGGUUGGUAUUCCCCGACGUAGCUGAAAAUUUUGUCCAAGAAUCUUAAAUCACGGUUCAGUAGUUGAGGCCUAGGGCCAAGCUUCCGCCGAGGCAUGAUUUGCGUUCGUGAGUUUGCUUUCUUAUCGAAUUUUAUUUAUUUCCGUUUGACUGUUGUUCUGUUAAUGGGGCCGUGGGGGUGGCCGAGUACAUGUUUUCAGGCUUUCGAGAUGUACCACUAGUGACCGAAAUUCACCGAAUGCAUAU